CAAUCUCCAAAAACAAGGCUCCAAGCACUUGUCCUCUCUCUUUCUUUUGGUCAAUGAUCAAACAACUCUAUAUUUCUCGACCCUUUUCUCUUUUUACCUUUUUUCUCUGUUUCAAACACAGUUUUCAAUCAAGGAUCAUGACACUGGAGGAAGCAGAACCAAAUCCAACCCCGGAUCAUAUCUUAGACUGGCUCGAGGAUUCGAUAUCAUUCCUUCCAUCUUUCUUGGAUGAUCCUUACAACUCAGGCGAGAUCAAUAGCUACCAAUGGUGGGAUCAGGAUCAAGAUAUAGGUCAAGAUCUGAUUAACAUAGGCGCUACUGCAAUCGAUAGCCCCACAACUGCUGCUGGUGCUGUUGCAAAUACUACUAACAGUAGCCUGAUACAGUAUGAUUCCUCCUUUCCUAAUCCUGGCUUGCCACCCAAUUCAUCUAAGAAAAGGAAACCCUCUGACGACCAGGUUCCAAGGGCAGCCCAGAAUCGUCAACAGAAGAAGAAUCAGAGCAGUAAGAUCAACGAAAACGAAAAAGGAAAGGCAGGACUUGAAGAGGUGGUGGCCAAUAAAAGGUCAGCUGGAAACAAGAAAAAUUCAAACAAGUCUUCAGGAAAUAACUGUAAUAACGGUAAUAACAACGAGGGGAGAUGGGCAAAACAGUUACUGAACCCUUGUGCCAUAGCCAUAACUACCGGUAACCUGACGCGUGUGCAACAUCUAUUGUAUGUUCUCAAUGAGCUCGCCUCAUCCACCGGAGAUGCCAACCACCGCCUUGCAGACCAUGGCCUACGAGCCCUGACUCACCACCUAACCUCUUCCUCUGCUUCCACAGGGCUAAUUACUUUUGCUUCCACGGAGCCAAAGUUCUUUCAACGAUCUUUACUCAAAUUCUAUGAGGUUAGUCCUUGGUUUGCAUUCCCUAAUAACGUAGCAAACGCUUCCAUACUCCAGAUUCUUGCUCAAGAGCCUGAUAAGACUCGUAAUCUUCACAUUCUUGAUAUUGGGGUAUCUCAUGGUGUGCAAUGGCCUACACUUCUUGAGGCCUUGACUAGGCGCUCUGGAGGGCCUCCUCCUCUGGUUCGCAUCACCGUCGUUGCAGCCACAGCUGAAAAGAGUCAAAUCAUGGACACCCCAUUUUCUAUUGGUCCACCAGGUCACGAUUUCUACUCUCGACUUCCUGGUUUCGCCAAGUCCAUGAACAUCAAUUUGCAAAUAAAUAGACUCGAGACCCAUCCGUUACAAAACCUUAAUACACAAACUAUUGACAACUCACCUGGAGAAACCUUAAUCGUUUGCGCCCAAUUCAGACUACAUCAUCUAAACCACAACAGGCCUGAUCAAAGAACGGAGUUCUUGAAAGUACUAAGAAGUUUAGAGCCAAAAGGGGUGAUUCUGAGCGAGAACAACAUGGACUGUAGCUGCAGCAACUGUGGAGAUUUCGCAACAGGAUUCUCACGGAGAGUUGAGUACCUAUGGAAGUUUUUGGACUCAACAAGCUCAGCAUUUAAAGGACGAGAGAGCGAAGAAAGAAGAGUAAUGGAAGGAGAAGCAGCGAAGGCUUUGACAAACCAAGGAGAGAUGAAUGAAGGGAAAGAGAAAUGGUGUGAGAGGAUGAGAGGUGUGGGGUUUGUUGGAGAAGUGUUCGGGGAGGAUGCCAUAGAUGGAGCUCGAGCAUUGUUGAGGAAGUAUGAUAGUAACUGGGAGAUGAGAGUUGAAGAAAAAGACGCUUGCGUUGGAUUAUGGUGGAGAGGGCAGCCUGUUUCUUUUUGUUCGUUGUGGAAGCUAUAUAUCAAGGAAGAAGGGAGUUAAAAGCAGUUGUUGAUUUUAUUAUCUUUAUUCUAGCUUAUAAUGCUUGCUAUUAAGUUCGUAAUUAUAAAACUGUGUGUGAAGGAUGGUUUGCAGUCUAGUGUUCAAUCAGUUUUGGCAUAAAACAACACUGCAAUUCUUUUGCCUACUUUCAAUCUUUUGAAAAAUGGAGACAAUGGUUACAUCCAAGAUCUCCAGCAAACAUUAAGA